UCCUCCAACCCUUAUGGAGGGAAUGUCUCUAAGGCAAGAUCCAUACCUCCAGCAUCUUUGCACCUCCACUGCCCAGAUCGCAAAUAAGUUCCCAACAAAUAACGAACUGGUAUCGCUUUAUCUAGUGAAGCAGGAGUUCCAGCCCAUCCAGGGUUACCACUGUGGCAACUGGUACGUGCAGCAGCCCAGCUCUUACCUUCUUUCUGGCUACAGCUACUGCUGUGCGGUGCAUGGAAAUGGACAGGACUGUUUUUCUGCGCGUGAGACCCCUCAACAUACAGCUGGAACUUUGGUUAUGCCUAAGGAAACCACAGGUCUAGCUGAAAACCAAGAUGAAGACCCACUAGAAGGUAUGACUUCUGGGCAGUGUGCAGCCCAGAAGAGGGUCCUCACCAGAACCCAACCAUGCUGACAUCUUGAUCUUGGACUUCUGAUUUCUAGAAUUGUGAGAAAUAACUGUGUGUUGUUUACAAACUACUCAGUCUCUGAUAUGUUGUUAGCAGCCCAAUCUAAGACAAUAUCCAAGGUAUUAUUCCAACAUGAAAUCAAUAUAAAAAUUAAUGACUUUUUACAUCAAGUCUUUGAAAUACAGCAUAUAUUUUUUUCUAUUUUUUUUCUUUUAUGGCUGCCCCCUCACCUGCAGAUUGUGGGGGAUCCUUAAUCUGAGGACUUUUCAGAUCUUACCUUAAAGCUGAUUUAAAAAUUUUUUAAUUUGUGGUGAAAUAUGUAUAACAUAAAAUUUACCAUCUUGACUUGUCAAUGUAUCACACUUGGUCUUAGUCAAAAGGCCGAGAAUCAAUAGACUUUUAAAUGUAUCAGUGGUAUUAAGUACAUUCAUAAUGUUGUGUAACCAUCAUUAUUCAUCUCCAGAACUCUUCAUUUUAUAGCCUGAAACUCUGUACCCAUUAAAUAACAGUAACUCCUCACUCUCCCUUCCCCCUGGCAACCACCAUUCUGCUUUCAAUGCGGUGUGUAUUUUAUCCUUACAUCACAUCUCAGUGAAGGCUAGCAAUGCUCAAACACUCAAUAGCCGCGUGUGGCUAGUGGCUACUGUGUUGGACGCGUUGGUCUAAAAGAUGAACAGGUUUAGGGAAGACAUAGUUUGUCCUGUUUAGGCUUCUGUUAUAGUUUUGGUCAACAUCACUGGAAGUGCGGAGAUCAUAUCAUCCAGGGUUUGGAGCUGACCAUACCAUAUCUGUUUUCUUGGCUGCAGGUUAAGUAGAGGGCAUGCUCAUAAGCACAUGAUCCUGACACCUCUCUCCCACUAGGGGCAUGCGGUCAGGGACCCUUUAGCAAACAACUUCUUAUAACAACAGUGAAGGAAAUGAACCGGGGGCAGAAGUGUAAGAAAAUUUCAGAAUGUUUUGGGGGAAAAAAGGGAAACAUCUACUUUUAUGAUCAGAAAUGCUCAAAGGAAAAAUGAUUCAGAAAGGAUGGGAAGCUCUAAAGUGUAAGAAUCAGACAGCACAGUCACCAGUGAUUCCAGUGAAGAAAAAUGAGAAGUAGCUCAUGAAAUUUAUAUGAUGCCCGAGGCUGAUUUGACCAUUUUGGUUCUAAAAUGAUAAAUAUAGAAGGGUACUGCAUUAGUCUUUUAAGGUUACUGUAGCAAAAUACCACAGAAUGGGUAGUUUAAACAGAAGUUUA